AUGAGUAGCAGCUAUAGUGGCCCUUGGUAUCACGCAUUCGGUAGUGGCGGUCUCGACGGUGAAGAUCCACUCCUCACUGAGCUUGGUAUAAACUUCAGCCAUAUCACUACAAAGUCUCUCGCUGUUCUCAAUCCUUUUAGCAACAAAAUAGACAAUAGAUUAAUGGAUGAUGCUGAUUUAGCUGGUCCUUUGGUAUUCUGGGGCGCUUUCGGUUUAGCCUUGUUGUUAUCUGGAAAAGCUCAAUUUGGCUACAUUUAUGGUGUAGCAUUAAUAGGCAGUUUGAGUAUUUAUUCACUCCUCAACGUUAUGAGUCCACAGGGUAUUGAAGUAUCCCGAACUGCCUCUGUCUUGGGAUACUGCCUUCUUCCGAUGGUUAUACUCUCAGUGAUAAGUGUACCAUUUCAAAUGGAUAACUGGAUUGGGUAUGGUUUGUCAGCUUUUACUACCCUUUGGUGUACAUUCUCAGCUAGUGGAAUAUUUGUAACAGUACAGCAAAUGUCUGAACAACGCCUUCUCGUCGCCUAUCCUGUUGGGCUUCUCUAUGCAUGUUUCGCCCUCCUUAGCGUAUUCUCUGAGGGUGGAGUAGUAAACAAAACAACUUAA